CGCAUCCCGCCCGCCCGGCCGGCCGGCAUCCCUCGGCCGAGGGGCGGCGGUCACCGUGAGCAGCGCCGCUUCCAGCGCCGGGCAGCCCCGGCGCCGCGGGGAGACCGAGGGACACGCCGCUGCCGCUGACCUGUUGAAAGAGCCGGGCUCCGUGGGGGUUCCUUUCUCUUGGUGUUGGGUAUUUUUAUUUUUAUUUCUUUUCUUUUUCCUCCUCGACGAGGGAAGUUUGCUCCCCAGACUGUGGCUCGGCUUCCUCCACACCCUUUCCUCCACCUCCUCUUCCUCCUUUUUUCCAGGAUCCGCCGCUUGGGGCCAGAAGUUCUUUUCCUCUUGCCCGCGAGCCCCGGCCCCCAGCCGCCGCCAGCUCUGGAGCUGGGGACGCCCCUCGGUCCCCCCGCCUCCCGCAGGUGCUGGCCGCGGGCUCCGGGCUUGCCCGCUCCCCAGCGGCGGUGGGACGGCCCCGGGAGGGCUGUAGCCCCUCGGCGGCGGGGGGUCCCCGCGCUGCCCGGCCGCCACCAUGUCGAAAGUGGCGGCGGAAAGUUGCGGGGCGGCGCCGGCCGAAGACUUGUCCAAGGUGUCGGACGAGGAGCUGCUCAAGUGGAGCAAGGAGGAGCUGAUUCGCAGCCUCCGCCGAGCUGAGGCCGAGAAGAUGAGCGCAAUGCUGGACCACAGCAACCUCAUCCGGGAGGUGAACCGCCGCCUCCAGCUCCACCUCGGCGAGAUCCGCGGCUUGAAGGAUAUCAACCAGAAGCUGCAAGAAGAUAACCAAGAACUGAGAGACCUUUGCUGCUUUCUGGAUGAUGACAGGCAGAAAGGCAAGAAGGUGUCCCGAGAAUGGCAGAGACUGGGCCGGUACAGUGCUAGUAUUAUGCACAAAGAGGUUGCCUUAUACUUACAGAAGUUGAAAGAACUGGAAGUGAGACAAGAAGAAGUGGUUAAGGAGAAUCUGGAGCUGAAAGAAUUGUGUGUGUUGCUGGAUGAGGAGAAAAGUGGUGGAGCAGGCAGCCGGAGCUCUAUCGACAGCCAGAUCAGCCUGUGUCAGUUAACCGCGACGAGUGCUUACAUUAGAGAUGUGGGUGAUGGGAGUAGUACUUCUAGCACAGGAAGUACAGACAGUCCAGACCAUCAUAAACAUCACCCAAGUACUAGUCCAGAACAUCUUCAAAAAGCUCGGGGAGAGGGAAGCCCUGAGCACCAGAAACACAGGAGUAUCAGUCCAGAGCACCUCCAGAAGCCUAGGAGUUCUGGCAGUCCUGAUCAUCACCUGAAAGGGCCAAGUCCAGAACAUCACAAAACUAUUAUCAAAGCAUCUGAACAACAAAAGCACAGCAGCAGCAGCCCAGAAACUCUGCCAAAGCAUGUUUUGAGUAGUAGCCCUGAACACUUUCCAAAGCAGAGGCCUGGUAGUAGCCCUGAGCAUCAAAAGCACAGCAGUGGCAGCCCAGAUCAUCUUCAAAAGCACACACCAAGUGGAAGUACAGAACAUCUCCACAAAGUGAGGGGUACAAGCCCUGAGCAUCUCAAACAUUACGGAGGGAGCCCAGAGCAUCUCAAACAUCUCAGUGGAGGCAGCAGAGAAGGUACCCUCAGGAGACAAGUAACAGAUGACCUGUCACCUCACCACAGAAGUAUAUACAAUGGAAUGAAUGAAUCAACCUUGUCCUAUGUUAGGCAGCUGGAGGCAAGAGUAAGACAGCUGGAGGAGGAAAAUCGCAUGCUGCCCCAGGAUCCCAGUAGGAUGCCAGGAGGGGCGGAGGGGAGUUACUGCUCUGCAAACGAGCCAGCUAGCAUCAGUGGACAUGGCUCAGCCUCUCAGCAGUCUGACUCAGUGGUAAAUGCUCUGAAGGUUUUCUUCAGCAAAGGCUCAAAGGAACUGGGUUAUUUUCUCAUCUCUUGCACAGAAGGAUGGAAGGACCUUGGGUUCAUUCUGCCUUUGCUCAUCAGCUGUAGGAUCUGGGCCAGGUGUUGUCUCUUCAGGAUGUGGACUUCCCAGGAUCCAGCUGGUUGUGUGGAGGAAACUUGGAGAUGCUGCAGGGUCAUGCCCUGGAAUUAGACAACAUUUGUCAGGAAAUCAGUACAAAGGACCUAUGUAAAAGGCCCUGAGCAAGUCCUCUCAGAAGAGAAAGUGUUUGAACUGCCAGUGAUGGAGAAAGAACUGACUGUGUCCACAGCGACUUCCCAGCUGACGACGGGGUGUCUGUAUGCACUAUGUGAGACUUGGUUGGAACUGGUGGAGAGUCUGCACAGAGGUCUUUCAGAGGAGCCAUGUGGGCAGUGUCCCCCAGUUCUGCUGUGUCAGUAUCCUGGCUAGUGAAAUGCUGCUGCCACAUUGUCACUUCAACAAACCACACUUAGGACUGAGGUAUUGCCAUCCUUGCUAAAAUAUAAUUAGAGUUCUGCAGGAGUUACAUGAAAUAAGUUUUAUUUUGCUUAGUUACAGUGAAUCUCUAGUAAGUCUGAAUGAAUUUUCCACUGGAUUUAACUGAAGUUGUUCACCAGACGGGAGAGACAUUGAUAAACUGUGCCUUUGGUCUCCGUGGUUUUGAGAAGGUCACUUCUAGGUUACUCACACUUCAGUCUGUAAAAUACUGGUUAAAGGUGCUUAGGCAAUUUCCAGAUUAUUUUUUUGCUUUGGUAGAAUACCUGUCUUUGGAGGUGCUAAAAGACCAUAAAGUCUCCUAACCAGCCAGUAGUGUAGCAUAACUACAGUACUUGUAGUGAAACACAAUUUCUUUCUAAAUGAAAGUAAAGCUAGCUUUCUUUUCCAUUCACUUGGAUGCACAUCUUCUGAAGAUGUGUAUGAUGUCUGCUGCCCUUUAAUGAACAAGCUACUUAGGUAUUACUAUUACAGGUCUCCAAUCAGAAUUUCCAUCAGUUGUUUUUGGAAAGUAUUUUCCAGUUGUAAGGAUGCUGCUUUCUACUGUUUAAUUUUGAGACAUGCUGGUUUAUUUAACAAAAGCCUAUAAGGAUCUAAAAGAUUGCACUGCAUUAAAAAAAAGCUUUUCUCGCUACUGUAGUGUUCUUUCAAAGAAAAAGGUUUUAUUAUACUUGGAGCAUGUCUUUCAAUACUAGGAGGCAGAAAGCUCUUCUUCAGAUCACCUCAGAUUUGACCAGACAGCACCCUAGAUGUGCUUAGUUUAUUUUUAUCUAUCUGUCUGAUACUAUUUGUGUGUAUUGAACUGCGAUGAUAGGUAUUUUGUGUAUAUCUAAAAGCAAUGAUAAUUUCAUGUAUGAAUGUGCAACAGGCUUGUGACUGAAUGCUGUUGCUUAACUUUUUAUCAUAGCUGAGCAUCAAACAGACUAAUAAAAGUUAAAAAAAAUAGGAAUGCAACAAUUGCUGGGUUUCUGGUUUGUUCUUGGUUGCUAAGAUUUGGGCCAAAGUCAGAAUCUCUGUUUCCUCUCAGCUUGCAACAUGCUGUAUUUGUGGGCUAUUUGCAGUGGAAUGUAGCUUGGUCACUGUACAACCUUUUGUUAUAUAGGUGUAUGAUGUAAGCUGCUAAUUGUCUUCAGAAAAAGUGUGUUAAUUUGCAGCUGUAGUUAUUUUGGUUUCUGUUGUUAUUUUUACUUGGUACCAUUUGACAUAAGGCUUCUGAUCCAGCAUUGCUUUCUAAGACAAAAUUCCUGUUCACCCCAUCUCCUUGAGUUGGAAAAGCAGAAUCCUGCCUUCCAGUUUGAAACAUUGCACUCUUGCAUAUGUUCUUAUAUAUUACCCAGCCCAAACAGUUGUCUGUUACCUUUACAUGUUGUUUUCUCCCAUACAUGUUGUUUGCAUAGUUAAACUUAAAUUGUUGUAUUCCUAUAUAUAUAUAUGUAUGAAAAAAGUAAGACUUGUACUUGUGCCUGCAGAAUGUAUGUGCAGGGGCUAAUUUGAGGGACAGUGGUCUUUUGACAUUACACUUGUGUAAAUUUUGAUACUGUAUUAAAGCUAUUUUUUUACAGUUCUGCAUACAAUUGGGUAUCAAGUAUCUGUGUUCAUCUUAACAAUGGUAAUAAAUUAUAGAAUCUUA